AUGGCAAAUUACUGCCGCAGUAUUUUUGGAGACAUGCUGCUCGUUAAUCCAUUGGAAUCGCAUCCUCUUAAGCCAGAUGUUCCUUUGCCAAGCCCUAAUCAGUUAAAGCGCAGAAUCAUUAUUAAGAACAAAAAGAAACAUUUUCACAGAGAAAAGACAUCUCGGAAGACCCGUGCUCAAAACAUGUCUAAGAAACGUCAGAAACCACCAACAGGAGGUACCUUCAGUGAAGGCCUUGCAAAGACUAGAUUGAGUGAAGUUGAGGAGGAUCCUGAAUUACCUCUUCUGACUGUAAUUGCUUCUGGAUUACCAGAGUCAUUGAGCAGCAGUACAGAUCAAGUACCCAGUCUCCAUCCUGACCCUGAAACAAAGUCCCCUACCAGAGUUGUUCUUGAGAAGAACCUUUCAAUAAGCAG